UCGAGCUCAAUAGCGCGGCCGCACAGUCCAGCUCGCUUCAUCGAGGUCCAGAGAGAGAGAGAGAGAGAGGACGAGCGGAGAUGGAUAUGGAACUCCCCGAUACUCGCGACCGCAGCUUCAAGCGGAAGCGCGACGACCUCCCUGAUUCAUACCCCGCCAGCAAUGGCGGCGGCAACGGUGGCGUCGACCUGUCUCUUCUCGAAGCCGUGGAGAGAUCCCAGGGCACCGUCGAAGUCCUCGACCUCAAGACCCUGAAGAAGCUCGUCCUCGCCUUCGAGCGUCGCCUCAAGGAGAACAUUGAGGCUCGCCUCAAGUACCCCGACCAGCCCGAGCGUUUCGCCGACUCCGAAAUCGAGCUUCACGAGGAGCUCCAGAAGCUCAAGGUCCUCGCCGGGGGCCCGGAGCUCUACCCCGACCUCGUGUCACUCAACACCAUUCCUUCUAUCCUCGGCUUGCUCAGCCACGAGAACACCGACAUCGCCAUCGACGUCGUCCAGCUCCUUGAGGACCUGACGGACGAGGACGUCUUGGAGGACAACGACGAGCCCGCUAGGGUUCUUGUUGAUGCAUUGGUCGAGAACAACGUGCUCGAGCUCCUGGUCCAGAAUUUGCAUCGAUUAUCGGAGUCUGACCCCGACGAGAUGGCUGCAGUGUACAAUACUCUUGCCACGAUUGAGAAUUUGAUAGAAGUGAAGCCUGCGGUGGCAGAGUUGGUGUGCGAGAAGACGAAGCUGUUUAGGUGGUUGUUGACGAAGAUCAGGCAGAAGGAAUUCGACAGCAACAAGCAGUACGCGUCGGAGAUUUUGGCGAUAUUGCUGCAGAACAGCAAGGCUAAUCAGAAGAAGCUGGGGCAGAUGAACGGCGUGGAUGUGAUGCUGCAGGCUGUUGCGAUGUACAAGUCGAAGGACCCGAAGACGCAGGACGAGGAGGAGAUGUUGGAGAAUCUGUUUGACUGCUUGUGCUGCUUGGUAAUGCCUCUGGAGAACAAGGAGAGGUUUGUGAAAGCCGAGGGCGUGGAGUUAAUGAUAAUCAUUAUGAAGCAGAAGAAGUCAGCUUACGGUUCUGCGAUCAGGGCGCUUGACUUUGCCAUGACCAAGUAUCCUCCCGCAUGUGAGAGGUUCGUGGAUGUUCUGGGCUUGAAGACUGCCUUCGCUACUUUCAUGGGUAAGAUUCCGCAAUACAAGAAGAACAAGAAAGAAAGGUAUCAAGAAGACUUAGAAGAACGUAUAAUUUCUCUAAUUGCAUCUUUAUUUGAUGGGAUUUCAAGGGGCUCUAGGAGGGAAAGGCUGUUGAGCAAGUUUGUGGAAAAUGAAUAUGAAAAGAUAGACCGGCUUGUGGAACUCUAUGUGAGAUAUUCUGAUCGGGUUAAAGCAGAGAUGGAAAGGUUAAACCAGCUUGAAUUUGAUGAUUUGGAGAUUGAUGAGGAUGAAAGAUACAACCGAAGGCUAGAAUCUGGGCUAUACACUCUUCAGCUGAUUGCUGUCAUCCUUGGUCAUCUCUGGUGCUCAGAACAUGCUGGAAUGAGGGCUAGAAUCGAACAACUUCUCAAGCUGCAAAAACUUAGCAAGGAAGAUGUUAAAGAUAUACUUCAGGAAUACCAUGACAACAUUGGGGAUCUGGACGGUCCAGAUGAGAAAGAGCGUGCUCAGACAAAGAUUCAAAAGUUCAUAUCAGCUCUUUGAUUUGUGCGUGAAUUCUCACAGACUCCGGUUCUUGUAUUACCCUUUUCCGUUUGCAUAUGUUGGGCUCCGGUGGCUGUGGUUUCAGAUCUCGAGCAUCCAGUCUACAAGUACACUGUGGUGAGCUGUAAUUGGAACAAAAUUAGCGACUCCAUUUCCUGGAGCCAUUCAAUGAGGAACUUUUCAAGAUUUGUAAGGCAGUCCCCUGUGAAUAUUGUAUUCGUGCAGCAAGUUUUCUGAAUGCUAAGCUGUGAAAGUCACCAAACUAUGUACUCAAGAA